AUGGAGUCCCCCGCAGUACCGGUCCCGCUAGAUCCGCGGGAGCAGCCCAUCCUCGAGCGCCUGCUUCGGUCCCGCGAUGCCCUCCUCCUGCUGAAACAAGACAAGUCAUCUUACAUCAAAUCCCGCGAUGUGCUCCCACUGUAUGAGGAGGUGACUGGAGAAGUCGAUAAGCUCAAUGCCGCUCGCAAAGAACAGGACCGCCGCUUAGUACAUAACCGAUUGGACUAUGUCUUAGAUGAUUGCUUCCAGUUGAUCUCUCUGCUCUUUUUGACUGUGGGCAAGAACAAUGAAGCCCCAGCAGUAUAUUCUCUCGCAGCCACCAUUCAGCGCCUCCUCGACCACCUCGAAGAAGCUGGAUUUUACAGCUCUAAAGAUCUGAAUUCCAUAACCAAAACCCUUGAGUCGAUGCGAGAGACCCUUGACCGCGGGCGCAAUACCUACUCUCCCGCUCUCCUCACUCUUCUCGAAAGCCGAAUGGAACAUUGCCAACUAUCGUUGGAAAAGUUGCAAAAGGGGCUUGCUGUUCUUGCGCCGGGUCUAGUACAGACGCAUGAGACACUAGUAUCUAUCCUCCGGUCUACAUCUGCCGUCAAUACCCGUUCUAAAUUCUCCGCUGCAGAAGUGCAUAAUCUUCAAGAACAGCUAAAGAAGAUUGAGAAAACCCUCAAGGAUGGCAAGUUUGUGGACGCCGACGGCAAUGUUCAAGCCGGAUCGGACGACCUGAAAUCCUUGAUGGAGCGCUGCUGGCGAUGGACUGAAACUGUUCUCGAGCGAGAGGGCAAAAUUGACGAACGGUUCCAGGAACAAUACGACCGCCUUGUUGAGAUUCGCAAUCAGCUCGACCGACUGUCUGUGACUCAAGCUUGGUCGCUCCGGGAAACUGAUCUGUUCGGAUACCAGCGGAAGCUUGAUCGAAUUGACGAGGCACGAGUGAACGGCAACUUUGUCGAUGCCGAAGGCCAGCCAGCAGAUCUUCAUGCGCAAAGGACAUUGCUUUACCUGAUCCGACGCAGCUAUGCAUACAUUUACGCUCUUUUGAUUUCUUCUGAGCCCGUGUCUGAGGCGCUGUUGCCAGUCUACAACCAGCUGCAAACUCUUCGCAGGUGUCUCAUUGAAGUCAAGGAAUCUGGAGGCGUGUCUAACUCACGCGAACUCUACCCUUACAGCAUGAAACUUAAUUCGAUUGAUAAUAUGCGGGUUGACGGCAAGUUCUACGUUGGACCAGAUAUUCCGGAAGGCCAAGGCAGCGUCAAUGCUCUGCUCGCGGAAUGUUACGACCUGGUUUGGGAGCUGCGGGCUGCUGUAGCCGAGGAUGACAGCCAAUCUUAG